GCAGCAUCGUGCCUGCGGAUGUAGCAGAAACUUUUCCACGACUUCUCCCGCGGGGAUGCGACCAGGAACCAGCUCCAGAGGGGGAAACAAGUCAAGCAACAGCAGAGCUCCACUGAGGAAGUAGUUUAAAAUGUGGAUGAACUGACAUUUACUCCAUUAUCCGGGCUGGUUAAUCACUCAACUUCAACACCGAGCAAACUUUGUUUUUUGGCAUUAGUGAAAAUGGCCGUUCGUGGCAACUCGCUGAUGCCUUUCUCGAUCCAAGCCAUCCUGAACAAAAAGGACGACAGCCGACACUUGCCAGAUUUGGACAUGUGCUUCUCCAAGACGACGUGCUGGAAAAUAUUUGGGGAGAUGAACGGUGGCUCGAGGAGGGACGACGGGGAAACUUGUGAGCCGACGGACCAGAAAAGUUACGACUCAGACUCGGGACUCAGCGACGACAACGACAGCAAGACUCCGGCCGCGUGCAAGUCGGAGAAGGACGGGGACGCAGCGUCUGACGUGCCGGAGGAAAGUAUGCAGGAGGAGACGGACCAGGAGUCUGCAGCUGCGGAAAACGCAAAGAGUGACAGUGAACCCAACAAUGCCACCGACUCCAGCACCCUGGACGAAAAGAGCCUUGAUCAACCCAAACAGCGGAAGAAGCGCUCCAGAGCCGCCUUCUCCCAUGCGCAGGUCUUCGAGCUGGAGCGCCGCUUCAACCACCAGAGGUACCUGUCCGGGCCGGAGCGGGCGGACCUGGCGGCCUCCCUGAAGCUCACAGAGACCCAGGUCAAGAUCUGGUUCCAGAAUCGUCGGUACAAGACGAAGCGUCGCCAGAUGGCCGCAGACCUGAUGGCGUCUACCCCGGCGGCCAAGAAGGUGGCGGUGAAAGUUCUGGUGCGGGACGACCAGAGACAGUACAGCCCGGGAGAGAUCCUGCGGCCCCCGCUGCUCUCCCUGCAGCCGUCCUACUAUUACCCCUACGCCUACUGCCUCCCUGCGUGGACACUCUCUGCGUGCGCGGGGAACCAGUGACAGCUCGGUGACUGUAUUUAUUGUUUUAUUUGACUGUUUGAUUUCCCGGGAGCAAAAAAACAACAACUAAACUAUUUUUCCUGACAAGAGGAGGAGAAUUGUCUGAUUGAACCGGCUCGUCGUGCUGUCCAGGCCAGACCAGGGCUUCCCCAACAUCUUCCACAUCCUCAAAUACUUUUAAAAGACUCCUUAUUAUUUUUUAGUAAGGAGGAGGAACCCUGUUAAAGAAGAUCUUUUCACUUUUUAGGGCUUUUAGUGUCUCAGCUGUGGGGGAGCAGGGAGACUGGACGUCUUUAUUAAAUGUUUGUAUGUGAACCUCUAAGGAGUGACACAGUAAUAACAGUAACGUAUUCCUCUCUGUGCCCGGGAGCCCCUCGAGGACCUCUGAACACCCCACUUUAGGACCCGGAGGCCUAAACAGACUGAAAAACGUCCCCUGAUGCUGGUUUAUAUUUUACAUGCGCCUUCCUACCUCUGCAGUGAUUGGAAAUCGACAUAUUCCAUUGACUUUUCAAAGAAACUGUCUCUGUUACAGAUUGUGUGGGAUGUGUGUGUGUGUGUGUGUGUUUGUUUUUCUUGCUGUGUUUGUAAAGGUAAGAUAUUUCAGCACUUUUCAUCAUAUACGUUACAUUAUUUCAAUGUAAGAAACAUUAUUGGACAUGUACAGUGUCAGACUGAGAAGAGGCAGUUUGUUGUGUUGCUGGCCUGAAAGUGUUCGUGUGGCAGUAAACACACCAACCUCCUUUUGAUGAAAUGUACAUGAACAUGUAACUCGUGUUAAAUGACUGUUUAGAUCGAAAAAAAAACAUUAAAAACAUAUCAGGCAUUAAUUUUACCUGGAUGCAAUUUUAUUUUAAGGAUUUUACUAUGAUGUG